CGCCGCCCCGCAAUCAUGGAUACCAACAUGGAGGACGUCAAGAUGCCCGAGCCCAUGCAGAUGUCGUCGGUCCCCACGUCGGAGCCGACCACAAUUCCCACCCUGGACGGCUGGAUCGAGAGCCUCAUGAACUGCAAGCAGCUGGCUGAGAGCGAUGUGCAGAGGCUAUGCGACAAGGCCCGCGAAGUACUCCAGGACGAGUCCAACGUGCAGCCAGUGAAAUGCCCAGUCACAGUGUGCGGUGACAUACACGGCCAGUUCCACGACCUGAUGGAACUGUUCAAGAUUGGCGGCCCCAACCCAGACACAAACUAUCUGUUCAUGGGCGACUACGUCGACCGUGGCUACUUUUCUGUCGAGACGGUGACUCUUUUGGUGGCACUCAAGAUCCGAUACCCUCAGCGCAUCACGAUCCUCCGUGGUAACCACGAGUCCCGUCAGAUUACUCAAGUCUACGGCUUCUACGACGAGUGCCUCCGCAAGUACGGCAACGCCAACGUUUGGAAAUACUUUACAGACUUGUUCGACUACCUGCCGCUUACCGCGCUCAUCGACAACCAGAUCUUCUGUCUCCACGGCGGUCUCUCUCCCAGUAUCGACACGCUCGACAACAUCAGGGCGCUCGACCGCAUACAAGAAGUGCCUCACGAGGGCCCCAUGUGCGACCUGCUGUGGUCCGACCCAGAUGACAGGUGCGGUUGGGGAAUAUCGCCCCGUGGUGCCGGAUACACUUUCGGGCAGGACAUCUCGGAGGCUUUCAACCACAACAACGGCUUGACCCUCGUUGCACGUGCUCACCAGCUUGUCAUGGAGGGAUACAACUGGUCGCAAGACAGGAAUGUUGUAACUAUAUUUUCGGCACCAAACUACUGCUACAGAUGCGGUAACCAGGCCGCAAUCAUGGAGAUUGACGAGCACCUCAAGUACACCUUCCUGCAGUUUGAUCCUUGCCCACGAGCUGGCGAGCCCAUGGUUUCGCGAAGGACUCCAGACUACUUCCUCUAGACGAACCUCAGCCGGGGCUCUUGCCUGCAAAUCUGAAUAUGGUCGCACAUGGACACGAUCCCGAAAUAUACGUGUACGAUUGCGUUUCUGUUGACAAAGGCUGUCCCUCGUUCCAAUGCACAAUGCAUGACAUCACCAUGUCCAGUCCGCGACAGGAUUGUUGAUGUCAACAAGGGCACUGACGCAGCCACGCUCGAGUCGCCUAGAGUGCCCGUCGUACGAUACCUUAGCCAUGCGUCAUUGGCGCAAAGAUAACAAUAAUGAGACCUGGUCGCGCUGCUUAGAUAUGAACUGUAUUGGAUUCGUCUUGUUU